AUGCUACGUAAAACAUUUCGCUACAAACAUGCAAAUAAACAGUUAACACUUCACAAACGUUAUUCUUACAUAUCAUCUUUACGAGAUUAUGAUAUUAAAAAUGCUAUUAAAGCGUAUUCAAAUAAUCCAGUUAUCGAAGAACCAUUACUAAAUUAUUCUCAAAUAACAAAUGAAACUACUAAUGAAUUUAGUUUAAUGCAAAAUUAUGAUGAAAUCAAUCAUAUUGCCGAAGAAAUACCAACUGAUAAUGAAUACAAUACACAAUACGAUAGUUCUGAAAAAGAAAGAGAUAUAACUGAUAAUGAAUAUGAUACUGAUUCAGAAUCACAAAAUGAUAAUUCUGAAAAAGAAAGACAUAUAACUGAUAAUGAAUAUGAUACUGAUUCAGAAUCACAAAAUAAUAGUUCUGAAAAAGAAAGGCAUAUAAUUGAUAAUGCUCUAGAUCCUUCUAGAUUGCCAAAUAAUACAAGCGAUUUUUCACCAUAUUUUGACAACAUUACCACAGCUUUGUUAUUUUGUUGGAUACAGAAACAUAAUAUAUCUAUAAUGAAUCACAUGUAUUUUGGUCCAGGAAUCGAAGCAAAUGUAAAGUCAGAAUUUUGGCAUGGGACUUUAUGGGCCGAAUCUCCACUUUUUGGUCAAGAAAAGAUUGUUAUUUCACAAGUAACAUAUUAUUGCGGAGAAUUUAUUUAUUAUUUGUCCAAUGGUGGACAUAAGCUGCUUGGUUUUCUUAGAUCGAUACAAGUUAAUGAAGAAAACCAAUAUGUAUUGAAAAUACAAAAACUUUUGUAUUAUGAAGAUAUACCUGGUAUAUUUAAAGGGCAUCUUAGACAGCAACGAUCCAAAUCUGGUGAAGUAUGGAUGCUUGAUGAUAACUUUGUUUUCAUUUGUCCUUCACAAGUUUAUAAUAAAGCAACAGUCAAAUUGCCACAUUUACAUCAAGUUCUGUCUCACAGUGAUCUUUAUGUAUUAGAAAUAAUUUAUAAACAUAAUAAUCAUUGGCGGGUUAGAGAUAUUCAACUAUCUUACCAACAUCCUGCUCACUCCAUUAUAAUUAAUAACCCACCUGUAGAUUCAAUGCCAGUUUAUAAAUUAUUCUUAGAUCUUUACUAUGAUGAUUUCGGUACAUUCAGAAAUGUGUAUCACUCAUUGGGAGGAGUUUAUGUGCAAUUUGGCAAUAUGCCAGCACAUAUGCGAAAACGACUCAAAAAUCAUUUCGUAAUUGGAUUUGUGCCAUUCGGCGGUAAUUUUGAUGAGUUUAUUCAGCCAUUCAUUAAUGAGUUAAAGGAAUUUGAGAAGGGAAAAAUAAUGAAUAUACAAGGGCGAGACGUCUGGGUAGUUGCAGGUUUAGGAGUAGUUACUGCAGACUUGCCUCAAGGGAAUGAUUUAUCAGGUGUUUUAAGACAUGGGGCAACAAAGGGGUGUCGUACUUGCACUGUAGAAAAAUACUCAUAUACUGAUAAUUCUACAGAUAUUAUCAGACUAUCACGUUAUAAACAAUGUACUGAUUUAGAUUUUUCCUUAAUUGCAGCUGAAAGUUCAAUAACAAGAAAAAAACAAAUUGGUUCAGAAUUCGGAUUAAGAAUAAAGCAAAGCAUUUUAGAUGAAUUGCAAAGAGAAAGGCACUUGCAAACCCCGCAAGAUAUAUAUCAUGCCACAGCAGGAAAAAUUAAGCGCCUUCUUAGAUUGACAUGUGAAUUAUUUUCACAUGAGGGGGAAAAUGCAUUCAUCAGAACCUGGAAAGCUUUAGAAAAACCAAAGAAAUGGGCUCAUUUACCAAAUCCCAUAAGUCAUCAUGAAAGUUUCAUGAUGUCAGAUUAUCUUCGCUUGGCGAUGAUAAUGCCAUUUAUCCUUCACCGUUUUCUAAAGGUUAUACAUAUUAAAAGUGAUAAUCUGGCUUUAAUUCAGCAACGAAUUAACGUUCAGCGAAAUGAUUUGGUACCAAAAUAUAUUGUAAAAUGUUGGGUUUGUGUUGCUCAAACCAUGAAAAUUGCUUUUGAUAGACAUUUUACUAAUGAAAAAUAUAUUGAAUUGCAAAGAUGUUUAGACGCCGAAAUGAAUAUUUUAACACAAGUUUUUGAAGAAUUCGUCAACCUCCCAAAUCUUCAUCUUAAUUUUCAUUUUCUUUUACAUGCCCGUACUUAUGCCACUUUAUCUAAUACUCAAGUGGGAUGUUUUUACGAUAUUAAACUAAAACAAAGAAUAUCUUCAAAAAAUACUGGAAAUUUUGUAACAUUUUCGUUACAAGAUGCCAAUUUUAAAGCUGAACUAUAUGAAUCUUAUAAAGAUCUUAAACUUAAUUCAGCACUCAUAAAUUCUUCUUUAACUUGGUAUCAACGGGUUUCCUACAUGACGGAAGAUAAUUAUGGAAAUACUGAAAAAGUCUGUUUACAACUUGGAGAUAUUUUAACAAUACAAGAAGAGGAGUGCGAAUCUUAUGCCAAGCUUCAAUCGAUAUUUCAACAUAAAGGCAAUGAUGAUAAGUUCUAUGUCUUUAUUGUUGUUGCUUGGUUUGAAUAUGUUAACCAAAAUCAUACAAUUUUAGAAUGUCCGAUUUAUAGGCUUAAUGAUCGGCAAUGGAGAAGAGUAUUCCCGAUUACUGUUAUUGAUAAAGCUCAUAAAGCACACUUUAUACGCAGAUCAGUUGACACAGAUGAUGGUUAUUGGUACAAAAAUCAAUUUUAUUUCACGGCUAUUUGA